AAUGUAAAAUAACGAAUAGUAAAUUGGUACUUUUACCCACUAAAAUAGGACUGUAGUUGCUCUGAGUUGCGACAAAUGAAAGCUUAAUGUACGAUAGGGAAUAUGCCCAGACUACAGCGGCGUUAUAGUUUUGGCACGAAUGAGACGCCAAGCUCCCUGGUUUUGAGCAAAGAACUGGAGCAAAAGAUCGCAAAUGGUGACUCUGCAAUGGCUGGCAUCUCACCAGCCAAAAUACAAGAGAUUAACAACAGCCUCAAGAUACUCAUUAGCGGAUACGCCAAAGAUGAACCUACAAAGGUACAAGAACUACCUGUUAGCGUCACAAACCAUGUAAUAUCGCACUAUGGGCUCACAAGGAAUGAACUUAAUGAGAGGCGAUAUAAAGAUUAUUUGGAGGGAUUUUCUAUAUCCAACAAUGCUCAAUACAUACCUCUCGACAUAGAGUGCCUUUCCAAUCUCAGUGAGGGAAUGAACGAGAGUAUCCUUGGUCUAUUUGUGUGCCUUGUCUUGGAUUAUAUCUCUAAUAGUAUAAGUAUAAAUGAAUUAGAGCUUAUAAAAUGGGGGACAACCUUUCUUCAGAGACUAGGAAAAAUUUUAGGGAUGAAUGAGCUCGUCACUGAUAGCAUGAUAAAACCUGUCUCCCAAAGAGCAGAGUUAAAGCAGAUUGGUGUCAAUGUUGACGAUAAAGAUUUUCACGUUGAAUCCAUAAACCACGAACUUGAGAAAAUGCAGCCUAUUUUAAACCAGUUUUACAAGGAGAUAAUUGGAACAUUUGACAAUUUACCAGAGAAGGCUAAGAGCUCGGAUGAGCUUUCGGCAAACUCUUUUGAUAAUGAUUUUCUGGGACAUACCAAUGAGGAAGAUUUUGAUCUUGAAGAACCAGACAAUGUAUUUGAUAAAUUUUACAAAGAGGGGCCACAAACACCAAAAAAAGCCCACGGAAGUGUACACAAAGAUAGUAAUGGUCCCAUGGAAGGUUUAUUUCCUAUAGAACAUAAGCCAAAGACUAAAAAUUUAUCAUCUAGACUGUUUGGUGGGAUAUCAAAACAAAUUUGUAAGGUGCUUUCCAUUUCCCCAGAACCUAAAAAGAUGCACUCUCAGCCAUCUGUCGCUCAUGAACUCUGGAGAGAUGAUUACUUGAUUGAAUCACCUCCGAGUGCUGCAGCUGUUUUGGUUCGUAAUUUGAUUACUCGCUAUAUAAUGAGCGGUUUUAACGAUGCUCGUGUGCAGGUUGUUUUUGAGCUAUUCUCCGAAAUUUUGGGAGUAACAAAGUCUACUCUUAAAUCUCUUGAAAAUCAGAUUGCAUCGGAUCUUAUUGGGGCCCUAGAAAUCAACACUGCUAGAAGUUCUACAAAGAGAAUGAGCAGAAAACUAAAGAUAUUCUCUGCAACCUUAGGAGGUGGUGCUUUGAUUGCUUUGACUGCAGGAAUGGCUACUCCUGCGGUAGCUGCAGGUCUAGGUAUUUUGGGCCUUGGCGGAGGCGGUCUAUCUUCUUAUAUUUCCACUAAUGAGGGGACUACAAUGGUAAAAUCAAUGUUUGGAAUCGGAGAUAGUGGAUUGAGGGAAUGGAAAUGUUCUAAGAAAUCGGAUGUUGUGAGGGAUUUUCAGUUUACAAUGCUUCAUGAACAGGUUUUCAAAUCCCUUGGUGUGGCAAUUUGCGUUGGUCUUCAUGUUUCUAUAUUGCCUAAUUCUGAUGUUUCAGAAGCUCCAGAUACACCAACAAGCGUUGCUCCAACUUCAGAGUCUAAAUAUGUUGAAAGCUGGGAGUAUGCAUUUCCUAUACCUUCUUGUGACAUGUAUUUAUUAAAGUGGGAAAGAAAAUUGCUCAUUUCUAUCCACAGGAUGAUCGUUAAAUUUGGAACGAGCGAGUUUGCAGAAAAUGCAAAGCAGCUCUGGCUAAGGGCUAGUUCAUCUCAAAGGAUUGGUGAUGCUGAUGGUACAGAUUCUGGAAUAAACUGGCCACUGCUAAUGAUUCAAUACGCUACUAACCUAGACAAUGCCUGGCUUGUUUCUAGGCAAAGAGCUGAAGUUGCAGGUUCUUUGUUGGCAAAUGCAAUUUGCGAUAGGCAAGCUGUUGGAGAUAGACAUAUUUCUCUAAUUGGUUAUUCAAUGGGAGCACGAGUUAUUCUAUAUGCUCUCUUGAAGCUCUAUGACAAGGGCAAAUUGUCAAGUAUAAAGGAUGUCGUCUUGAUGGGAUUACCAUCUACAGCCGGUCCAGCAGAAUGGGACAAGUGUAGAUGCGUAGUCGCUGGAAGAUUGUUAAAUGUAUACUCUGCAAACGAUUGGGUUCUAGGAUUCCUCUAUAGAUAUGUAAACAUGAACAUUGCAGGACUCCAGGCUGUACCGUGUCCUGGUGUUGAAAACUGGGAUGUGUCAUCUCUGGUAUCUCUACACACCGACUACUUGGGGAAAAUACACACUAUAUUCUCAUACAUUGGCGUUAAUAUUUAA